UAUUGGACACCGUACAUCUCAGCAACUCCAUUCCUCUGAACGGGCCACACGGAGGUGCAUGGCCCCAUCCCCUUGUAUCAUGAUGAAUCCUGCGCAGGGGUCGCCGUCCCAAGACGCCAAACAGCUUCAUCAAAAAGAGGAGACGGACACGGAGGGCGAGGAACUUCAACCUAAAGACAUGACCAAAUCAGAGAAAGGAUACAAACACCCGCGGAGCAGCCUCCCGUUUAGCGUCGAGUCAUUGAUUUCCAAGAAGGCCACCUGUCGGACUUCGUAUCCCCCCUCAGACUUAGCAGUGGUCCUGCCGAAGCCCGUGGCCGGGCAAGGCGCGCAGUUCUCUCCGAGGACUCUUUACGCGGAGAGGAAGGUUUCCGCGGAGAGCUCGCAGGGUGUUUCCAGUAGUUCCUGCGAGGACAGUCCGCAGUUUUGUGAGAAAGAUCAGAGCACUUGGUUCCAGACGUCCUCCUUUUCCACUCCGUCUCGGAGCUCGAGUCCAACUCAGUGCACUUUAAGGAAACACAAAAACAACAGGAAACCUCGCACGCCCUUCACUACCUCCCAGCUGCUGGCGCUGGAGCGCAAGUUUCGCCAGAAGCAGUACCUCUCCAUCGCCGAGAGAGCCGAGUUCUCCAACUCUCUCAACCUGACGGAGACUCAGGUCAAAAUUUGGUUUCAGAACAGGAGGGCCAAAGCCAAGAGACUGCAGGAGGCCGAGCUGGAAAAGUUUAAACUGGCCUCUAAGCCUGUCCUGCCCGCAUUCGCGCUGCCGUUCCCCCUUGGAGCGCACAUGGGGUCUCCUACAUGGGGCCCGUCAAACGCCUUCCCGAGGCCUAGUCUGCCGGUCCCAGGACUGUUCAGUGGACCCGUCACUUAUGGGAUGUACUAUUUGUCUUAGUAUUACUGUGUGUGCAUGUGUGGUUUUACGGUUGCAAUACACUUAAGAAAGAGGAUGGUGCGUUUUCUACAUCUCGGGAAACAUUUUUGUUUUUUUUCAAUUUGGAGUUUAGAGAAAUGUUCUAACCUCCAGAACAGAAAACAACUGAAAAAAAUGGGACACAUUUUGAUAUAUAAUUGUGUGCGUAACUGGGCGAAGUGAGUUGACUUGCUCUCCUCAUUUUAAGACAGCUUCCAGUUUUGUGGAUUGUGGAUUCACAGGCCGAAAUUACUGAGGCAAUAAUCCAAAAGUCAUUGUCGGGUUUUUAAAUAUCUCAUUCCAGUCCAUCCGCCUUGCUGCGCUGUAGUUUCCGUAAAUGGACAUUUAAAGUGUCCAGACAUGAAGGCAAUGCUCUACUGAAGCAGGGGGAAAUGUGUUUUAAAACCAACAGAAAAGUACUUAAAUGGUGUCAGUGCCUUAAGACCAGUGUAUCACUUGAAGUAUUUCUCCUCAUUCAGCAUUGACUGUUUCUGGAUAAACUGCAGAGUUGCUGUUUGGAUGUUUGCCUUACAGCAGUUCCUGUCACGAUUUCUAUAUUUUGUAAAAAUGGAGAAAAUAUAUUUUAGAAAUAAACACGUGUAUUAGAUCUCUCUGUUUUUCUCUCACAACGUGGCCUUUAUGGGAAUGACAAUAGAUUUUUUUCCUAUGAGGUGUUUUGCUGUAAAUGUAAAUAAAAUGUGUAGUGUUCAUGAAGCCCUGCAGCCUGAAGAGCAGCUGGAAAAUCAGUAUUUAUUGAAUAUCUUUGUAUCUGUACUGUGUA